AAGAGAAAGCAAGUCAGCCGUUUGGUUGAGAAGAGAGAUGGAAGGAAACAUAGUGUACAUUUCCCAAAGCACAAUAUAAUGAAGACAAGUAAAUCUAUUCAGUGUAGAUAUAGAUCACAGCUUCUUGUGAACCAAAGAAAACAAAGAGGAGAGAAAAUUUUUGAAUACCCAGAGUGUGAAAAGCAAUUCAGUUUGAAGGGCAAUCUUCAAUGGUAUAAAAGAACCCACACAGGAGAGAAACCAUUUCAAUGCCCAGAGUGUGGAAAGACAUUCAUCUGCAGUACCCAUCUUCAAGACCAUAAAAGAACCCACACAGGGGAGAAACCGUUUCAAUGUUCGGAGUGUGGAAAGAGAUUCAGUCGGAAUGGCAGUCUUCAAUAUCAUCGAAGAACCCACACAGGGGAGAAACCAUUUGAAUGUUCAGAGUGUGGGAAGAGAUUCAGUCAGAGUAGCAGUCUUCAAAGGCAUAAAAGAACUCACACAGGGGAGAAACCUUAUGAAUGCUCUGAGUGUGGAAAGAGAUUCAUCAGCAGUACUCAUCUUCAAGACCAUAAAAGAACCCACACAGGGGAGAAACCAUUUGAAUGUUCAGAGUGUGGGAAGAGAUUCAAUCAGAGUAGCAGUCUUCAAAGGCAUAAAAGAACCCACACAGGGGAGAAACCUUAUGAAUGCUCUGAGUGUGGAAAGAGAUUCAUCAGCAGUACUCAUCUUCAAGACCAUAAAAGAACCCACACAGGGGAGAAACCAUUUGAAUGUUCAGAGUGUGGAAAGAGAUUCAGUCAGAAUAGCAGUCUUCAAUAUCAUCGAAGAACCCACACAGGGGAGAAACCAUUUGAAUGCUCAGAGUGUGGUAGGAGAUUCCGUACGAGUCGCUAUCUUCAACUGCACCAAAGAACUCACAUAGAGAAGAAACCUUUCCAAUGCACACAGUGUGGAAAGAGAUUCAGUUGCAGUAGCCAUCUUCAAGACCAUAAAAGAACCCACACAGGGGAGAAGCCUUUUGAAUGCUCAGAAUGUGGAAAGACAUUCAGUGCGCGUAGUCAUCUACAAGUGCAUAAAAGAAACCACACAGGGGAGAAACCAUUUGAAUGCUCAGAGUGUGGAAAGAAAUUCAACACGCAUAGCCAUCUUCAAUAUCAUCGACGAAUCCACACAGGGGACAAACCUUUUGAAUGUUCAGAGUGUGGAAGGAGAUUCAGUCAGAGUAGCCAUCUUCAAGAACAUAAAAGAAGCCACACAGGGGAGAAACCUUUUGAAUGCUCAGAGUGUGGAAAGAGAUUCAGUACAAAUCGCUAUCUUCAAUAUCAUCAAAGAACCCACUCAAAGGAGAAAACUUUUGAAUACUCAGAGUAUGGAAAAAGAUUCCAUUCACAUGGCAGUCUUCAAUAUCAUCAAAGAACCCACACAGGAGAAAAACCGUUCGAAUGCUCAGAGUGUGGAAAGAGAUUCACUCAUAAUGCAAGUCUUCGGUAUCAUCAAAGAACCCACACAGGGGAGAAACCGUUUGAAUGCCAAGAGUGUGGAAAGAGAUUCUGUCAGAAUGCAAGUCUUCAAGAUCAUCAAAGAACCCACACAGGGGAGAAACCGUUUGAAUGUUCAGAGUGUGGAAAGAGAUUCAGUCGGAAUGGCAGUCUUCGAAGUCAUCAAAGAACUCACACAGGGGAGAAACCUUUUCAAUGCACAGAGUGUGGGAAGAGAUUCAGUUGGACUGGUGGUCUCCAAAGGCAUAAAAGAACUCACACAGGGGAGAAACCUUAUGAAUGCUCAGAGUGUGGAAAGAGUUUCAUCUGCAGUACCCAUCUUCAAGACCAUAAAAGAACCCACACAGGGGAGAAACCUUUUGAAUGCUCAGUGUGUGGAAAGAGGUUCACUCAGGGUGGUGCUCUUCACCAGCAUAAAAGAACCCACAAAGGGAGAAACGUUUUGAAUGCUCAGAGUGUGGAAAGAGAUUCAAAUUCAGUGGCUAUCUUCAAAAGCAUCUGACAACCCACACAAGGAAGAACCAUUUUGAACUCCCUGAGGGCCGAAAGAGAUUCAGUCACAGUGGCAGUAUUCAAAAGCAUCAAACAAACUCCACACAGAGGACAAACUUUUUGAAUGCUCAGAGUGUGGAAAAAGAUUCAGUCAGAGUAGCCUUCUUCAAAGUGUGGAGAACUCCCCCCUGAGUUUUUAAAGUGUACUUCCCCCCCCUCUUCUCUCUGGAAGGACAGGAAACGAGGCCAAUUACCAGCCAUCGUUUUGCCAAUGACUCGACUUGCCAGGUUCCUGAGGUAUUUGGUGUUACGAAUCUCCAGGUUACUCUUGGAGAUUUCCCAGAAUGCCUUCCACGAGGGCUCCCAGAAUUUACCUGCAUGCACCAGGAUGCACCUGGGUUUCCCACG